AUGGAUGCCGGCAACAGGCCAGUCAAGCCGCCAAGCGGCCCUAUCUCCUCAUGUCCACAGGGGUUGGCCAGGGUUCACAAGGAAACGGUCGUCGGGGAAGGUGUAGUUGAUGAGCACCUGAUUGCUAUUACCGAAGCUGAAAAUGCUGGUAGUCAGAGGGUGCUACUGAAAUCUGGGUUUGAGCGAUUCCGCGAGUAUGUUGAGGUCGAUGGUAGUCAGACUAAAAAUCUCAUUGCAUUCCGCUUUGUUCCAAAGAAGCAGUGA